UUCAAGUAAGAAGUUACUAUGCCUGCACUUUCAUUCUUCAACUCCACAAUCCCUCUUCUUCCCGAGCGUUCUCAACUGCCUAUCGAUAUUCGAACGAACGAACAGACGCCGAGUUUUGGGUCACUCACGAUUAGUGUUGUAUCAGUGUCACUUGCUGCAGCUACGCUGGUACUCACUUAUCUUCACUUCCGUCUUCAGAUCCGUGAGCCAACUCCAACGUCUAUCGAAGAUGAUGCGGGGGCACAAGGGUCUGUUACAUUGGAGGACAUCAUCGCAUCUCCUGCCGGAUCUGAAUCCAUCGAAGAGGAGUCAGUGUCGGAGUCUUCAAUGGCUCCGGUUGAAGAUGAAUUAUAAGCUCCAGCUGGAUAUGGGCUUAUACUCAUCGGGAAGAUCCAUGACAAUAUAACUGCGUGUUGCUCACGCCUAGCUAACAGUGUAACAUUGGAGGGUUUUGAACUUAUGAUAAUGGGACGUGGAGGCAUUGGAACUCC